AAGUUUGAAAUAAUAGUAGCAUGGAUAAACUAGACCAUUAUUAAAAGAUAAGUAGAUUAAUUAAGUGAGUCUGAGCAAUUUUAUUUCUUAGAGAAUGGAAAGUGGUGAUCUGUAUAAAGCUGCAAGCAGCUUAAGAGCAAGCAGUUCUUCAUUUUGGAGAAACAGUGCAAAGGACACUAUUUUCUCUAAGUCUUCACAUGAAGUAAUGGAUGAUGAUGAAGCUCUCAAAUGGGCUGCACUUGAGAAACUCCCUACUUACAAUCGUUUAAAGAGAGGCUUGUUAACUGCAUCCAAUGGUGAGGUGAGUGAGAUUGAUGUCACUGAUAUUGGAACACUUGAAAGAAAGAAAGUGUUGCAAAGGUUGGUAGGUGCUGCUGAAGAGGAUAAUGAGAAGUUUCUGUUGAAGCUGAGGGAAAGAAUUGAUAGAGUUGGAAUCCAUAUUCCAACAAUUGAAGCCAGGUUUGAGCAUCUAAAUGUUGAGGCAGAAGCUCAUGUUGGCAGCAGAGCCUUACCCACCUUUUUUAACUUCAUUGUUAAUAUAGUUGAGAGUUAUUUGAAUUAUCUUCAUAUCCUUUCAAGCAAAAAGAAGCAAGUGACCAUUCUUAAAGAUGUUAGUGGAAUUGUAAGACCUUGUAGGAUGACAUUGCUUUUAGGCCCUCCAAGUUCUGGAAAAACCACACUCCUUUUGGCUCUGGCAGGAAAGCUUGGUCAAGAUCUUAAGGUUAGUGGCAGAGUUACCUAUAAUGGUCAUGAGAUGAAUGAGUUUGUACCUCAAAGAACUGCAGCAUACAUUAGCCAGAAUGAUGUUCAUAUUGGAGAAAUGACUGUGAGGGAAACCUUGGCUUUCUCAGCAAGGUGUCAAGGGGUUGGUUCAAGAUUCGACUUGCUUUCUGAACUAUCAAGAAGAGAGAUAGCAGCAAAAAUUAAACCCGACCGAGAUAUCGAUAUAUACAUGAAGGCAACAGCAUCUGAAGGCCAGGAAGCAAACCAGAUGAUAACAGAAUAUAUACUAAAGAUCUUAGAUUUAGAAAUAUGUGCUGAUACUCUAGUAGGGGAUGAAAUGUUGCGUGGUAUAUCCGGAGGACAAAGAAAGCGUGUUACCACAGGGGAGAUGUUGGUUGGGCCGGCGAAAGCUUUGUUCAUGGAUGGCAUAUCUACUGGGCUAGACAGCUCCACAACUGUUCAAAUUAUGAAAUGCCUUAGACAAAUUGUUCAUAUUCUAAAGGGAACUGCAGUUAUAGCCUUAUUGCAACCAGAGCCAGAGACAUAUGAGCUUUUUGAUGACAUUAUCCUCCUCUCAGAUGGCCAAAUAGUCUACCAUGGACCCCGAGAGCUUGUCCUCGAAUUUUUCGAGUCCAUGGGAUUCAAAUGCCCUGAGAGGAAAGGCAUAGCAGACUUCCUUCAAGAAGUAACUUCUAGAAAGGAUCAGGAACAGUAUUGGAUGCACAAGGAGAAGGCAUAUAGUUUUGUAACAGCUAAUGAAUUUGCUGAGGCAUUUAAAAGCUUCCAUGUAGGAAGGAAAAUUGAAGAUGAGUUAGCAGUUCCAUUUGAUAAGACAAAGAACCACCCUGCUGCAUUAACAACUGACAAGUAUGGAGUUAGCAAAAAGGAGCUUCUGAAAGCUAACUUCUCAAGAGAGUAUCUUCUUAUGAAGAGGAACUCAUUUGUUUACAUCUUCAAGAUAUCUCUGCUUGCAGCAAUGGCUGUGAUUACAAUGACAGUAUUCCUUAGAACUGAGAUGCAUCACGAUUCAGUGGAUCAUGGUGGAGUUUACACCGGAGCACUUUUCUUCACUGUAGUAAUGAUCUUGUUUAAUGGGAUGGCUGAUAUCUCCAUGACUAUUGGGAAGCUUCCAAUUUUUUACAAGCAACGUGAUCAUCUAUUUUACCCUGCAUGGGCCUAUGCUAUUCCCAGUUGGAUCCUUAAAAUCCCUGUCACAUUGGUUGAAGUUGUUGUUUGGGUAUCACUCACCUACUAUGUUAUUGGAUUUGACCCAAAUAUAUGCAGAUUCUUGAAGCAGUAUCUUCUGCUGUUCCUACUUGGUCAAAUGGCUUCUGCUCUAUUUCGUUUCAUUGCAGCAAUUGGUAGGAACAUGAUUGUUGCCAACACAUUUGGAUCAUUUGCAAUAGUCACUCUUCUAACUUUGGGUGGAUUCAUCUUGUCAAGAGAGGAUAUCAAGAAAUGGUGGAUAUGGGGUUACUGGAUCUCGCCUAUAAUGUAUGAGCAGAAUGCUAUAAUGGUGAAUGAGUUCCUUGGCAAGAGUUGGAACCAUGCUCUUCCAAACUCAACUGAUCCACUUGGAGUUGAGAUUCUGAAGUCACGUGGAUUCUUCAAGCAUGCAUACUGGUAUUGGAUUGGGGUUGUGGCAUUGUUUGGAUUCAUUAUUCUGUUGAACAUCACUUUCACUCUCGCUCUCACUUAUCUCAACCCCUUGAAGAAGCCGCAAGCUAUCAUCUCAGAAGGAUCUCUUGGAAACAAGUAUGAUCAAGAAGGCCUUGAAUUGCCACUCAGAGGAAGCACUGCACCUAGUAGCAAGAUCAAGAUAGGUGACAACAGAACAGAAACUAUAUCUUCAACUUCAAGGUCUGCAUCAAUUAGGCCAGAGGCUGCAGUUGACAAGAGAAAAAGAGGAAUGGUUCUUCCAUUUGAACCACAUUCUCUCAUCUUUGAUGAAAUCACAUAUUCAGUGGACAUGCCACAGGAAAUGAAGAGUCAGGGUGUGAUUGAAGAGAAAUUGGUCCUUCUGAAAGGUGUUAGCGGCGCAUUCAGGCCAGGUGUUCUCACAGCUUUGAUGGGUGUAAGUGGAGCUGGAAAAACAACUUUGAUGGAUGUGCUGGCCGGAAGGAAGACCGGGGGUUAUAUUGAGGGGACUAUUACAAUCUCAGGCUACCUUAAGAAGCAAGAAACAUUUGCUCGAAUAUCCGGUUACUGUGAACAGAAUGAUAUUCAUUCUCCUCAUGUUACUGUCUAUGAAUCUUUACUUUACUCAGCAUGGCUGCGCUUAUCGCCCGAAAUCAAUCAUGAAACAAGAAAGAUGUUCAUUGAGGAAGUCAUGGAGCUUGUAGAGUUGAACUUUCUUAGGGAAUCUUUGGUUGGUUUGCCUGGUGUGAGUGGCCUCUCUACUGAACAACGAAAGAGGUUAACUAUAGCAGUUGAAUUGGUGGCUAAUCCCUCCAUAAUUUUCAUGGAUGAACCUACUUCUGGUUUAGAUGCUAGAGCUGCUGCCAUUGUUAUGAGAACAGUUAGAAACACUGUUGACACAGGAAGGACUGUUGUUUGUACAAUCCAUCAACCAAGCAUUGACAUAUUUGAAUCUUUUGAUGAGCUUUUGCUAUUAAAGCGUGGAGGGCAAGAAAUUUAUGUCGGCCCAUUAGGCCGUCAUUCUUACCAACUCAUCAAAUAUUUUGAGUCUGUUAAAGGGGUCAAUAAGAUCAGAGAUGGAUGUAACCCUGCAACUUGGAUGUUGGAAAUCACAACUCCAGCACGAGAAAUGGAUUUAAAUGUUGACUUUGCUGAUAUAUAUAAAAAUUCAGAACUUUAUAGGAGAAAUAAAGAUCUUGUGGCAGAAUUGAGCAAGCCUGCUCCUGGUUCCAAGGAGCUUCACUUUCCUACUCAAUAUGCACAACCAUUUUUCAUCCAAUGUAUGGCUUGUUUGUGGAAACAACAUUGGUCGUAUUGGCGCAAUCCGCCAUAUACAGCAGUGAGAUAUCUAUUCACUACAUUUGUAGCUUUGAUGUUUGGAACCAUGUUCUGGGAUCUUGGAUCCAAAAAGACAAGAAAACAGGAUCUGUUUAAUGCUAUAGGUUCAAUGUACAAUGCUGUUCUCUUCCUUGGUGUCCAGAAUGCUUCUUCUGUUCAGCCAGUGGUUGCCAUAGAAAGAACCGUCUUUUAUAGAGAAAGGGCGGCCGGAAUGUAUUCGGCCUUCCCCUAUGCAUUUGCACAGGUUCUAAUAGAGCUACCAUAUAUUCUUGCACAAGCUGUAACAUAUGGCCUCAUAGUUUAUGCAAUGAUUGGAUUUGAUUGGGUUGCAUCCAAAUUCUUUUGGUAUCUCUUCUUCAUGUACUUCACAUUUCUAUACUUCACCUUCUAUGGCAUGAUGGCUGUGGCCAUAACACCAAACCAACAUGUUGCUUCAAUUGUGGCUAGUGCAUUCUAUGCAAUUUGGAAUCUCUUCUCAGGAUUUGUUGUCCCAAGACCAAACAUUGCUGUGUGGUGGAGAUGGUACUAUUGGGCAUGUCCAGUGGCUUGGACCUUAUAUGGAUUGGUUGCAUCUCAAUUUGGAGACAUAACAAGUAAAAUUGAGUCAAAUGAGACAGUGGAAGAGUUUCUGAAGAGAUACUUUGGUUAUAGAAAUGAUUUUGUAGGAGUUGCUGCAAUUCUGGUUGUUGCUUUUGCUGUGCUCUUUGCUAUUAUCUUUGCUCUUUCUGUGAAACUCUUCAAUUUCCAAAAGAGAUAGAAUAGAAAUUAGAAUACAUGCUUUCAAGUUUCAAGUCAAACAUUGUAUAAAUAAAAGACUUGUUUAGUUUUAUAUUCAAGGAGGUACGGUUUUAACUCUUAGUACUUUCCCUCUGUACUUUAAUU